AUGCUUUGCUGCCUACCCCCACCCGUCUACGACUGUAUCCGCCGUUGUGGUCUCGACUGGUUCGUUAUUCUGUGGAUUGGUGCGGUAACCCUUAGCCUUGACAAGUGGAUGCCAAAUGUGGGUGGGAACCAUAGGUACUUUCGGAUACCUUCUGCCGGUUUGAACAAUACGAGUUCCACAUACGCUUCUGCUUCUACUUCUACUGCUUCUACUGCUUCUUCCACUUUUUCUCCUCUCUAUUUUGGCGCAAGUGAGCUGGAUCACCCCGCUCGUAGACAGAUCAUUCCGUUCUGGCUGAGUGCCGUCUUGGAAAUCGGAAUUCCCGGCUUUGUUGUCGGGUUGCUAAACUUGAUAUGCAAUAAUGGGAGCAUGAGGGACUGUGCACGGGCCAUGUUGGGGGUCGUUAAUUCUUUAUUGAUAUGGUACGUCUACGAGCAAAAUAGUUUAUCCUAA